AUGGCAACUGCUGCUUUCCGAGUUCGACAUCACUUAUGUCACUCAAAAAGUAAUCAAGGGACAAGUACUAGUCGUCAUUUAGUGGUAUAUUCUCUGCCUAAUUAUCAACUACUGAAGACCUUCUUCCCUGACGAGGACAUCCUCCUAAUCGAGGAAAAAGAAGAAAGAAAGGCAGGAGAGUGGACACUCUUCUUCAACGGAGCUGCGAACUCAAAGGAGAGUGGAGUAGGAGCAAUAUUCUACUCUCUCGACGACGUCUCAAUCCCCAUCUCCAGGCGGUUAGCAUUAUAUUGCACCAACAACGUGGCUGAAUAUGAAGCAUGUAUUGCCGGUCUACGAGAAGCCAUCAUCCUCAACAUGAAAAGAUUGCAGGUCUUCGGGGACUCACAACUCAUCAUUAAUCAGACAAAUGGCGACUGGAAAACCAAAGAUAAAAAGUUAAUCCCUUACCAUGUCUAUCUGGAGAAUCUAACCGAGAAAUUUGAAGUGAUCACAUUCUCUUAUAUGCCCCAAGCCAAGAAUCAAUUUACGGACACCCUGACUACCCUUGCCUCAAUGCCGGAGAUCGCGAGAGGAACUGUUGAAUGGGAAGUCACCUUCGAACUCUAG